CGGUCGUGACGUCACGCGUGUGCGCCGCGCACGGGAGGCGGCAGGAAGCGGUGGCCGCGGCCGUUAUGGGGCCGCGCCGGAGGCCGCCGAGAGUGAACGUGGUGUCGGGCGCCCGGGUCAGCCCGCUGCUGGACAAGCCCACGACCGUGUGCUCGCUCCACCUCCAGUGUGGCCUCCCUGCUGACAAGCCUGGCGCCCUUUGGACUGGGAGCACGUUUCCUCCUUUCCAUCCUGAACCCACAGCUGCGUCCUCGAAUGCAUCGCGCACACACUCGUGAACUCACGGCUGGCGUCCCUGUGAGUUCAGGACGUGGGGGCUGCACAGAGCGCUCGUCAGUGGCCGAGAACCACCUCCCGGGCCUCCCCAGCUGAGGAACAAAGAGACGGGGACCACGGACAAUGACCCGUUUAAUGCAGAGCUGCCAACACACUUACAGAACAUCUGAGGGGGUUCAAGAUGCCUUUGGUACUUUGCAAAAAAUAUUUCCAGAUACAUCACAGAGGUUCAGCCUUUGCCUCCCAACAUAAAAGACCGACUGCUUAACAUAAUGAGCCUCGAGGGCCAGAUAACGGAUUCCAACAUAAGUGCGAUCCUGCACCCGGAAGCUCAGACCCUGAACAUCGAGGGCUGUGACAUUUCAGACAGCGCCCUGCGGCACGUGUGCGCCUGCCGGAAGCUGAGGACGCUGAACCUCAGUUCCUUCGAGAAGAAAAGGAAUGCCAUCACCUCUGAAGGGCUCCAGGCCGUGGCCGCGUCCUGCCCGUGCCUGCAGGAGGUCUCCCUGAAGUGGUGCCACAGCCUCACCGACGACGGCGUCCUGGCCUUCGCGCGCCACUGCCGGCUGCUCCGCAUCGUCCAGCUGAACGGCUGCUCGGGCCUCACGGACGCGGCCCUGCGGGCCCUGGGCGAGCACUGCUCCGUGCUGCAGUGCAUCGACUUCUCCUUCACGCAGGUGUCUGACGACGGCGUGGUGGCACUCGUGAGUGGGCCCUGUGCCCAGAAGCUCGAGGAGAUCAACAUGGGAUACUGUGCGAACCUCACCGACGAGGCCGUGGAGGCCGUCCUGACGCGCUGCCCGCAGAUGCAGAUAUUCCUGUUCCUCGAGUGCCCCCUGAUGACGGAUCGCUCACGGGAAAUACUGGAGCGGUCGCUUGGCCCAAACAAGCUAAAGCAGGUGAUGUGGACUGUUUACUACUGAGGCCCGCGCUUCGUCCAGCUGGGGCCUCGCGCUGCCCCCAGGAUACUCCAGGAGGGUCUCCUCGUGUCCGUGCCCAGGUGGACUCCGCCUGCCUGUUCGAGCUGCUCCUGAGGCAGCCUGCAGGCGGGCCAUGCAUCUCUUUAAACCUUUCAGUGACUCGCCUUCCCCGACGGUUUUCCCUACUACCCGAUACUUGAGCUCGUACCAGAGAAACGUACCGAUAUGAUAUGGAUAACAUUAGAAUUCCGAAUAAAGCGGUUCCAAGAAACAUCCUUACUCCCU